AUCCGCCACUCAAGUCACUGCAGCUGGCGAAGGGGCAGUGUUUGUAUUGACAGCCUUCUUCCGGGAUAAACCUAUCGUGAGGUUUCGAGAACCAGGAAGACGCGAGAGUCUAGUGGACCAUCCUAGUUACUGGGGAUAACGAAGGAAAAUGGCGAGUGGCGGCGGUGGAAAUAGUAUCAAUCCAUUUCUGAGUGACUCUGAGGAGGAGCUAGAACGUCAAGUGGAUGCAUCAGGUGCAGAAACUUCAAGAGCUGAUGUUCCAGCUGCAGUACAAGGAGGACUGCCUCUUGUCUCCCCCCAGCUGCCAGAGAUGCCUGGGUUUCACAAGGCCGGUACUAGUGAGCCUGGAGGGACAGUUCUCAGUGGAGUUUGGGGUGGUAUUGGAGAGCAACGGGUGCCGAUUGAUGCAAUUGCUGCUCAGCUUUUGCGAGAUCAGUACAUUCUCACUGCACUGGAAUUCCACACUGAGCUGUUGGAGAGUGGGCGUGAGUUACCGAGGCUACGAGAUUACUUCUCCAACCCUGGGAAUUUUGAGAGACAGAGUGGGACCCCACCUGCGGGUAAAGAGGCAGUGGGAUUGGUACCUGGUGGACAGCUUAAUCGAGCUGGUAGCAUCAGCACUCUCGACUCUCUAGAUUUUGCACGGUACUCCGAUGAUGGGAACAGGGAAACUGAUGAAAAGGUUGCAGUUCUGGAAUUUGAACUUCGGAAAGCCAAGGAGACCAUUCAGGCCCUCCGUGCCAACCUUACUCAGGCUGCAGAAAAUGAAGUUCCUUUGCAGGAACGAAAAAAUUAUAAAUCAAGUCCUGAAAUUCAGGAGCCUAUUAAACCUCUUGAAAAAAGAGCCCUAAACUUCCUUGUGAAUGAGUAUUUGCUGAAAAACAAUUACAAGCUUGCAGCCAUAACGUUCUCUGAUGAAAAUGAUGAUCAGGAUUUUGAACUAUGGGAUGAUGUUGGCUUGAAUAUACCAAAACCUCCAGACUUACUACAGCUUUAUCGUGAAUCAGGAAAUCAGCAGUCUCCUUCCAAGGAUGUCACUGAUGCAGCUGUUGCAGUAGAACCAGAAGACCUAGAGACGUCUCCUUUAAAAGUGCACCCUCCUCCAGAUAUGCAGACACAUGUAUUAGAGCAAACUACGAUCAUACAAGAGCUUGAAUACCAGAUGAGCCUUUUAAAGAGUGAAAAGUUGGCACUAAUUGAACAGAUUCGGAUACUUGAGCGUGAAAUAGAAGUCUUGAAGAAGCAAAGCCAUGCAGCUCCUUCCUCUAGUGAGUCACUCAACCCUCCUGUGACAGAUCAUGUUGCUCCACAGGUUUUAAUGGACAAUGGACAGUACCUCGAUAUUCGAGGCUCGGACUGUAGUAGUGGUAGUAGGAAUGAAAAUACUGAACCAGUUUCUCAGCCCCUUACUCAAGAUUCAGAAGCAGUCCCUACAGAUCAUCUCGCCAGUACACUAACUUUGCAUUUACAAACUGUCAAAGAAUCACGGUCACCCAUACCUCCAUUAUUGAAUUCAAACGUAGAGUUUGAUAAACCUAACAGAAAACUGUCAAGUGCGUUCCAUCAGGCUCUUCUGUCAUUCUGUCGAACGUCAGCUGACAGCCGGUUGGGGUCUGAGGUAUCUCGAAUUGCAGAAAGCGAACAGAGUGUGAUUCUAAUGUUGGGUCGCUGCCUACCACAUAUAGUACCAAAUGUUUUGCUUGCAAAGAGAGAGAGAAUGACCUCGUACCUCUGUAAGGAAUUGAUCCCUCUUAUUUUGUGCACUUCUUGCCUGCAUCCUGAAUCCAAAGAGCGUGACCAGCUCCUCCAUAUCUUAUUCAACCUGAUUAAAAGGCCGGAUGAUGAGCAGAGACAGAUGAUUUUGACUGGCUGUGUGGCGUUUGCACGUCACGUGGGGCCAACACGAGUGGAAGCAGAGCUUUUACCUCAGUGCUGGGAACAGAUUAAUCACAAGUACCCAGAAAGAAGAUUGUUGGUGGCAGAGUCAUGUGGAGCUUUAGCACCUUAUCUUCCAAAGGAGAUUCGCAGUUCUCUGGUGCUGUCAAUGCUCCAACAGAUGUUAAUGGAGGACAAAACUGAUCUUGUACGAGAAGCUGUUAUCAGAAGCCUUGGAAUCAUCAUGGGCUAUAUUGAUGAUUCUGACAAGUAUUUACAGGGUUUUGAGUUGCUCCUUUCAGCCCUUGGUGACCCCUCUGAGAGGGUUGUUAAUGCAACACAUCAGGUAUUUCUUCCUGCGUUUGCUGCCUGGACCACUGAACUAGGAAACCUACAGUCUCAUCUCAUCCCCACACUACUUACCAAGAUUGAAAAGCUACUCAGGGACGGAGAGCAUGGACUAGAUGAACAUAAACUGCACAUGUAUUUGUCAGCACUGCAGUCAUUAAUCCCACCCUUGUUUUCACUAGUGUUACAAACUGCUUCAUUCUCAAGCAAAGCCAGACCACAAGGGGAGAGCCCCCAGAUAGAAGUGACCAGGUUCCCACGCCCUGCUUCACCUCUUCAAGAUGUGGCAGUAAUUAUCGGAAACCGUGAGCAGCUGGCUUUGCUUCUCCAGCUUUAUGAUCAUCAGCUGGAACAUGAGGGUACAACUGGCUGGGAGAGCCUGCUUUGGGUUGUCAAUCAGUUGUAAAGCCUCAGUUCCAGGAAAUUCUGAGACUAUCUGAAGAGAACAUUGAUGCCACAGCUGGAAAUGACGUGCUUACAAAGGCCACAGUUCCUAUCUAUGCAACAGGAGUCCUUACAUGUUAUAAUCAGGAAGAAGACCGCAAACUGUUAGUGGGAUUCUUAGAAGAUGUGAUGACUGCACUUUCUUUAUCACAUGCCCCUCUGGAUAGUCUGAAGGCUUCAUUUGUAGAGCUGGGCUGUUGGUAAAGGGGGUGAAUGAAACUUUGGUCGCUCAGAGAGUGGUUCCUGCUCUCAUUACCCUGUCCAGUGACCCAGAAAUCUCAGUAAGGAUAGCCACAGUACCUGCUUUUGGUACCAUCAUGGAAACGGUCACCCAACGAGAGUUGUUAGAACGAGUUAAAAUGCAGUUGGCAUCAUUCCUAGAAGAUCCACAGUAUCAGGACCAACAUUCACUGCACCUGGAGAUUAUAAGGACUUUUGGAAGAGUUGGCCCUAAUACAGAACCUAGAUUCAGGGAUGAAUUUGUUCUUCCUCAUUUGCACAAUUUAGCACUGGCGAACAACCAGCAGUCUUCAGACUCCAAGAGACUGGAUAUUGCUACUCAUCUCUUUGAAGCCUACAGUGCACUUUCCUGUUGUUUCAUUUCAGAGGAUGUAUUGGUCAAUCACUUUUUACCUGGUCUCAGAUGCUUACGAACUGACAUGGAACAUCUUUCACAGGAACAUGAGGUUAUUUUAAGUUCCAUGAUAAAAGAAUGUGAACAGAAGGUGGAGAACAAAAAUGUGCAAGAACCUCAGGGUUCAAUGUCUAUUGCUGCAAGCCUUGUAAGUGAAGACACGAAAACCAAGUUCUUGAACAAAAUGGGUCAGCUGACUACUUCAGGUGCUAUGCUGGCCAAUGUAUUUCAACGAAAGAAAUGAAGAACUAUGUAUUCCAACACUAAAAUGGACCUCAUACAGGCUGAUUCCUUGUACUUGAAGUCAUUUGUCUGCCUUUUUUUUGAUUGUAUGUUUUCCUUGUAUUGAUUUUAUUCCAACCUCCAAAGAUAUUUGCACUUCGUUUAAAUAUUUCUGUGUAUAUCUGUUGAAGUUUUGGUUUUACGUAAGGUUGUUAAAACACAUCUUUUAAGUCUGUGUCUAGUUCUUGUUCUGUGUUUGGCUGGUUUUCUGGUAUAAUUUUAUAUAGUGGAAUGGUAAAUAUUUCUUAUUUUACAGCAGGAUAUCAGUAAAUAGCUGUAUUAUACAUUGAAAAAUACACAGGUACCACAUUAAAUGUAAAUUUGAAGUCUGUGUCAUGAAGUAAUACAAAUUGAAAACACUUGUUUAUUUAAAUUAUAAAAUAGCCAUUUCAGAAUGCUUUUUUACUAUACAGAAAUGUUAACUGACAAGAAAGCGCCACCAGCAUUAUCUUGUGCCUUCGUAUCGAUAAAUUCCAUAUUUAUGUGUUAAACCAUAUUUUGAACUCCGUUAUUUAACCAGUUCCCUCUUAACCACAUAGACAUUUUUUUUGAAUUAUUUAUUUUUUAAUGGCAAUAAGAGUCUAACUGGAAAGCAGUGUAUUUCUCCCAUUACUGUUAUAUUUUAUCUUGAUAUUAAUACAUAUUUUCUGGUAGAGCAUGCAGUCAUAGUAAACAAUCUGAAACAUGCACACAGUAAGCAGUUAUGUUAAAUGUUUUAGUGUGGGUUUAGUUAGUGUUGUACCUUGGGAGUUACAGUCAUUUUCAGCUAAUUAUGGAAUCAGAACCUUUAAGUUAACUGGGAGGUUACUGCUGCUUAGCCCAUGAUAGACAUUUUAAUCAGCAAAGGCAUACAUUCAUUUGCACAUUUCCUGCUAAAUGCACCCAUUUUUCCAAGCUUUGAAGGCGUUUGCAUUAAAUGUCUUCAAGUUAGUAUUGAAUUCCUUUACACUCAUUACAUUCCUUUGUUAAAACUCUUACAGAAAUUCAAAUUCUGAGAAUACUGAAAGGUAUGCCACUGUGCCUGGCAGUGGCUUGCAUGAGUUGAGGGGAACAAAAAGAAACAAAAUUUUAAAAAUAUUGUUCAUGGUAUAAUAACUUGAAUAGGUGAGAAUUGUGCAUGGAUUUAAAUUGUUCAUGGUAUAAUAUCUUGAGUAGGUGAGAAUUGUCCAUGGAUUUACUCCCGUUGACUUGAAGGAUUGAUUCCUCAGGCUUUGCUCUUAUGAUUAAAUCUGACCUUUAUGAGUCAUAGUUCAUAGGUUAAAUGCUAGGCUAGCUGCCCUUGCAGGCCAUGUUAAGCCUAGCCAAUUUUCCUUUCAAAGAUGAGAAUUAAACCAUGUACCUUGUGACUAUGAGGCAAACACUUUAACCAUUAUACCACCCCCUAACCAGUGAAUAUGUUAUGUUGCAGUAGUUUUCAUUGUUAAAGUCCUAUCAAUGUGUAGGUCACUCACUUUUUAUGUUUGCUUUUUCAGUUUUGAAAAGAUCAUAGUUUUGUUACAUACAUUCCCUUUAAGUUCUUUGUUGAUUUUAUUGACUUCCCCUCCACUUGCAUUCCCAUGCCCAGUAUAUAUAGUGAGCAUAGAACCUGUGUUAUUAAAAGAAAUACAGUUAACUUAGUCUACAUUAUUUAUGUUUGUAACCAGGUAGGCAUUGACAGUUGUUAGUUCUUGAUGUCCAUCAGUAAUCUUUAAGAGGGUGUUAUUUAGCAGGUUACAUAUAUAGUGAAAUUGCCCAUCAAUAAAUAAUUAUGCUUUUAUAGCAAAGUUUUUAGGUGGAGAAUAAAGGAUGUAACAACAGCAGGAGUUCAGUCAUCGGCACAUGCAUAAAAGAGUUGCAAACUGCAACUCAGUACUAACAUUGAAAAUAAUUGUGCUACAUGUAAAAUGAAUCAGGUUUCAUUUGGUUUGUGUAUGCUGUCAUCUCUAAGAAGGUACUUCAUCGUUGGUGUUAAACUGUCUCUAACUUCAUUCAUCCAUUUGGUCACAGAUUUACUAAAGACUAUCACAUUGUGUGUGUGUGUGUGUAUAUGUAUGUAUGUAUGUAUGUAUGUAUAGAUAUACAGAUAGAGUCCAUUAGGAUUGAACACACUGCUGAAUUUUUAUCUUUCUGAAAGACCUCCACAGCACCAUUUAUAAGUUGCUGGAAGACCAUCUGUAAUCACAUAUAAAAUUGCAGAAAAUGAAAAGUUUUGUUAUUUUAUUCAAUGUGUUCAGUGUGAUUAUAUAAAGAAGUAUCACUAAUCUUUGAAAAGUGGGAAUCAUGGAAAGAAAUACCAUUCAGCACUGGAUCAAUAAAGGUCUUUAUGUUGCUUCACUACUGCUAAAUAUUAUGCGGCUUGUGUGGUGGUGUUUGUUUCCAUAAACAGUCCAUUUGAAAGUUUUGAAAAUCUUUUUGUCAGAAGUAGUAAAUGGCAUAGUUAUUUCUAGCAUGGCCAUACAUCUCCCCACCCUUUGCAGGAAAAUGGUCCUUUAAGUUGGCUACUGCACCAUAUUGCAUUGCAAAAUGUAGUGGAUGACCAUAAAGUGGGUUUCUUCACAGAUCAGACAAUGGUAAAAGUGUAUGUUAUAUUUCUUUGUCAGGAUCUUCAGAAUAUGUGCCCCAGGUCAUCUUGGAAUGAUCUUUUAAACCAGGAUGAUUUUCUCAUGAAAGUUAAAUGAUCCUGUAUCAUCUGGGUGUUGGUCUUGUUGAAUAGCCUUUGUUUAAAGUUAGAAGUUCAGUGCUAUCGUGUUCCUUUCAUUUUUCUUGCUAAAUGGUAAAAGUCUGUUGUGGACAUAUCUGAAGGAGAGAAGGGUCUCAUUCCUUCAGUGAUAACAGUUUAGACCAAUACCUAUCUAAGGAUGAAGCAAGAUUUUUAAACAAACAUAUUAAUCUCUGGUACCACCCCUGUUUAGGUCUGCUAGUCCUAUUGUGCCAUAAGAGUUACUUUUAAAAAAGUUGGAGGUAUUGAAAAUGCAGGAGUUUGGUGAUAACUUUACAACAGAAGAUAUUUGAGUCUAUGGAUGUGCCAGACAUAUCUGAAGAGAUAAUUUCCCUUUUGCUUUUCAAGAUUUAUUUAAGGUGGUAUGGCGCACGUUAGGUGAAGUAUCUCUACUUUUUUUACCCUGGGGACACCAACAUUUGUGCAUAUUCAAUCAGAAGCAUUGUACUUUAGAAGAAGUAUGCUUUUGUGAUCUUAGUUUUCUGGGGUCCUUAAUUUGAAUGACCUGCCCAAAGAAGAAGAAUUCAUGGUGAUGUUACCAGUGGAGGGAGAUAUUUCAGUUGCACAAUUAAGCAUCCACUCCACUAAGCAGUUGACUAAUUUGGCUAGAACACAUGUCAGUGUUUGUAAGACGCCGCCCUAGGCUAACUGCUGAAUAGCACCUUUUGUUGCAUUUGAGACAUUUGCUAUUUCCUCCUCAUCUGUAAUGUAAUAGAUGCAUAAACUAAUCUUUCCUCCUCUGUUUUUUUUACUUGGGGUCUGUCCUUGGCUUUGUGAUUCUUGUAUUCUUGCUGAGUUUCAGGAAGAAACAAUGCAUUUGCCAUUUUAAACUGUAAACUGUUUAUUAAGCAGAUUGGGGGCACAGCAGAAGUUAGAGCACACAAAUGAAAUUCAGCAUCUGCUUGAAUUGUGUCAUAAAGACAGUAACGCACAGAAUAGUAGACAGAGCUUCAGCAUUAUUGGGUACAUGCAUUAUAUUCUAGUGUAAGCAUCUUAGGGAACAUCACAUCCCAUAUCCAUGACCAGCCAAACCUUACUGCACCUGAAGUGCAUAAUUCUCUUUUCAAUGUUUUAAACUUGUGACUUCAGGAGAAACUUUGCUGCUAUUGCUUAAUCAAGCAAUCCAUAUAUUUACUGAACACCAUGAUCUGUACAGAACAUUUAGGAUUAAAGCAGCAUUUGACAGAAGAGUACAGCAAGAUGCACAUAUGUUUUUUAUGCAUUUACCUGCUGAGUGUAAGCUUUGUAGAUAAUUACAUUAAAGUGAUUUACUGACAUUGUUUUACAUACAUUUUGCAUCACUGCAUAGGUGCUUACAGCACUUUAAUGCUUUUACCGUCCACUCAGUCACAUUGUAUACUUCGCUUUUGUUAAUUACAUUCUUCAUAAAAUGAUUUUUGUAUGCUGUUGUCUUGUAAGGUUCAGAUGACCCUUUCCAUCCAGUGUGAUGUCAGAUAGUGAAAAAUAGUUUAAUACAGAGUUCUCAAACUCAAAUAACUACUGGUGUAUGAGGGCUAACAAACUCUGGCAAGAGCCACAAUCUCCAAAACUAAAAAGAAAUGCAAGCAUUGUAGCUAGAAAAAUAGUUGCUUCCCCCAUCUAUAAUUAUGCUGGUAUGAGGCUGCUUGAGAUCUGAGGGCCAUGAGUUUUGAGAUCCCUGUUUUGAUGGAUGCACCAUCAUACAUGCACAGGAGUCCAUCCAGUGCAGUCUGUGGAUGGAUCCCGGUGUUAUCACUGGGGUGAUGUCACCAAGAGAUAGUGCUGAUAUAGUUGGGCUGUGACUUAAUAAAAAGGUUUUGAAAAUUAUUUAAAAAAAAAAACUGCCCAGGUAUAUGAGGAAUGAGACAGAGCAAAAUGUGUCGUGGUACUUUGUCACUAGAUGCCGUGAUGCUGGUAAGAAUGUCUGCAAAUCCCGUUAACGCUAAAUUAUGAAGAGAACAUUUCCUUUAGAAGAUACAGGGCCCAGCAUCAUUUAUGGUUUCUUAAUGUAGAACUCCAUAUUUCAGUCUUUUCCUGAUAUCUAGCUUGAAAGAUCUAAGGACAAUGUUUUUUAUCUUCUCUUUUUUGCAAGCAUCCACCAUUGUGUCGUGUGGAUGGAUUCUUAAUUGAAGAAGUGACUCUCCAGCAAGAGCUGCUGUGUUAAUUGUUGCCAAUGAAUUGCCACCAAGUGACUGCAAGUACUUUCAUCAUAACUGGCAAUAGACAUUCAACUUACCUUUGUGUUUAUUGCCUUUCUCAGUGGACUAAUUUUAUUAGGUGUGGAUUUUCAGGAAGGGGGGAGUCAUAAGUGCAGUGGUUUCAUGGAAAACAGAACUGCAAGUGUGUGUCACGCUAAAGAUAAAAAUCUGUUAAGCUGUUCAGACUUACUGUCUUUGGUAUUUCCUUAUUCAUGACUGGCAAUUAAUGUGAACCAUUUGAAAGUAAGGUCCACUGCAACAGUUUCACUAGACUCAGAGUUUUAAGUACAAAGCAAAUUUCUUUAUGUUUUGAGGUUAAGCAUUUUUAAGGACAUCAGUUUUUCCAGAAAGAAUGCACCUCAUUAUCUUCCUGAAAAUUCUUUACUGCAUUGGUUCCUUUAAGUAACGAUAGUGUGCAGUUAUAUGUUUUUUGGUGCUCAAUUUUAUUUUAAUGUUUAAUAUUUUUUCAUACAGUUUCACUGUGAAGUAAUCUUUUAUAUCUAAGAGUUAUAGUACUGCAUUGCCCACCCAGGCUUCACUUCAGCAUUUGACAGAUCAGUAUUGUGAUGCCCUGUGUGUGCUCUUGUUUAUUUAUUUAUUUAUUUUGUACUUUAAAACUAAAAUAUUGCCCGCAUAGUAAUUUUUACUGCUACAAUAGUAAAGUAAGUCCAACUGUUGGAGACAGGUAGGAAGUGGGGCAGCAGCACUGUUCAUUAAAUGUUAAUUAUUAAAAUGAAACCAUGGGGAGCACUGUAUCCUUUAUUUUCUUUCAUCAUAUCUGUUCCUCAGUGUACACCCGGUCUAGAAAUGUUUUAACUUAGGUUGUAAACUGGUGUUUUGGCAAGAGGCAGUUUUACAAUUGAGUUGUGAUCACUGGCUAAGUAACAGAUUUGUCAGGAUUGAGCACACUGAAAAACUUAUCAUGGAAGUUCUAUUGGAGUAAUUUGUUGUUACCAGUAGUUUAUUGGAGGAUACCCAUGUUUAAAGAUCUUAAAUUUGAUUUGAAGGUGUCCUCUCCUAGUACUUCUUCUUCUUUUUGGCUAGUACACUGCACGUAAAAUUCAGUUUUUAUAAACCAUUACAGUAGUUACAUUUUAAAAGUUCUAAGUUUUCAAGCUGAUACAGCUUAUAGUGUUCUAUAAUCUCAAUGUAAAUGUAUACGAGUGUAAAAAAGUAAGGUAUAGCAGUCUGUUAACUGUGUGCAUAUUUCUUAUGUUUGCAGCAAAGGGUUCGUGGUACUGUCAGAAUUCUUUAAAUCUGUCUGCAAAUUGUAAUCCACUGAAAUGUACUUGUCCAAGUUUUAUUUAUGUUGAAUCACAUAAUUAAGGCUCAUUUUCCCACUACAGGUUUAAAUGCUAUGAAAAGAACUGCAUGGGAAUAAACAUACCAACUACUAUUUAUGAUCCUUCAUGUAUCAUAAUGCACAGGUGGAAAGCAUUAAUUCUUUAUCGAAUGUAAACUGUUGAGAAAGUGAUGUUAAACAUGUUUGCUGCUGUGAAAGUGAAUGAUUAUGAAUAAAAGAAAGAAUACUUUUUUUAUUUCUGUAAAAAGUAAUCUUAAAAAAUAAAAUUUGUCUGUGCCAAAGUA